CCCGGAGCGUGCGCACGCCGCCGGGCCCCGCCCCGCCCCGCCCCGCCGCCGUGCCGCCCCGGUCCGCUCGCGGCGGCGCGCUCUAGGCCGUGCCGGGUUUUCAUUUCCUCUUUGCCUGGUCUGAAGAUACAGCGAUGCCAAAGAAAGCAAGGCCUGCAGGAAAUGGGAAGGAAGAGGGGCCUGUUCCCUGUAAACGGGUGAAGGUGGAGGUGGCUGAUGGCCUUUCCACUUUAAACUUUGACAGCCCCCAUGAUCUCUUUGAAAGUCUAAUCUCACCGGUCAAGAUAGACACUUUUUUUAAGGAAUUCUGGGAGCAGAAGCCCCUUCUCAUCCAGAGAGAUGACCCUGCACUGGCCACCUAUUACCAGUCCCUGUUCAGGCUCACAGAUCUGAAGAGUCUGUGCAGCCGGGGUAUGUACUAUGGAAGAGAUGUGAAUGUCUGCCGAUGUGUCAAUGGGAAGAAGAAAGUCUUAAAUAAAGAUGGCAAAGCUCACUUUCUUCAACUGAGGAAAGAUUUUGAUCAGAAAAGGGCUACCAUUCAGUUUCAUCAACCUCAGAGAUUUAAGGAUGAGCUUUGGAGGAUCCAGGAGAAGUUGGAAUGUUACUUCGGCUCCUUGGUUGGCUCGAAUGUGUAUAUAACCCCUGCCGGAUCUCAGGGCCUCCCACCCCACUAUGAUGAUGUCGAGGUUUUUAUCCUGCAACUGGAAGGAGAGAAACACUGGCGUCUGUACCACCCGACAGUGCCUCUGGCUCGGGAGUACAGCGUGGAGGCCGAGGAUAGGAUUGGAAGGCCGACACAUGAGUUCACUUUGAAGCCAGGAGAUUUGUUAUACUUUCCCAGAGGGACCAUUCAUCAGGCGGACACUCCUCCAGGGCUGGCCCACUCUACUCACGUGACCAUCAGCACCUACCAGAACAAUUCAUGGGGAGAUUUCCUUUUGGACACCAUUUCGGGGCUUGUGUUUGAUGCUGCAAAGGAAGAUGUGGCAUUGCGGGCUGGCAUACCGCGGCAACUUCUCCUGCAGGCAGAAAGCACAACUGUUGCAACCAGAAGAUUAAGUGGUUUCCUAAGGAUGCUUGCAGAGCGGCUGGAAGGCACCAAAGAACUGCUUUCAUCAGACAUGAAGAAGGAUUUUAUUAUGCAUAGGCUACCCCCGUACCAUGUAGGAGAUGGAACAGAGCCGACAAUACCAGGUUUUAUAGGUGGAGAGUUACCACGACUGGACAGCACAGUGAGCCUGCAGUUUAGAGACCACAUCAUCCUCACAGUAGGGCCAGAUCAGGACCAGUCCGAUGAAGCUCAAGAAAAGAUGAUUUACAUCUAUCAUUCCUUAAAGAAUAAGAGAGACACACACAUGAUGGGAAGUGAGGAGGAAACAGAGUCUCAUGGACUUCGCUUUCCUUUGUCACAUAUGGAGGCACUGAAGCAAAUCUGGAACAGUUCAGCUAUUUCAGUCAAGGACCUGAAACUUACUACAGAUGAGGAAAAGGAAAGCCUGGUCUUAUCCCUCUGGACCGAAUGUUUAAUCCAAGUAGUCUAGCGCCUUUAUACAAUCCAAUUCUGUUUAUAUGUACAUUCUAAAGAAAAAGUAAAGACUUGAUAGUUUUGUAGCUACUGUUGUUUUAAUAGAAUAGGUAGAAGGAAUGGUCAUGAGGGCACUUGGUUGGAAAAAACUGAGAUCUAUAAUUAUUCACAGGAUACAUUUUAAGAGUUGAAACCAUGAAUUUAACUUUCCUUACCUAUGUUUCUAUGAACUUGAGACCCACCUGUUACCAUGUGCUAACAGGGGCAUAGGAAAGAAAGAACAGCAAAUUAAUAUUCCUCAAAGUGAAAAAACCAUACUUUUAACAAGUUUAUUUAAUCCAGUGUGGUACAAAAGGCACAACUCCAAUAAAUGUAUCAUUUAGAAUUAAA